UUCACCAGGGUUACCGCGUUACAGCAGAGCGAGUCGGACAUUGGAAGCCGGGAUUGCCUGCCGUUUCCACAGCCGCCGGUCUGCUCUUGCAGCUGAACAAAACACAGACGAGUUCUGUGAAGAAAACAUCUGCGUCGACCGCUCUCGUUUUUUCAGAGAAAUCUGGAGAACAGUUUUGAGGCCUAUGCCGCCAAUUGCGCCCCAUUGAUACUCGACCGAACUAUACCAGGCACACCUAGGUGGCGACCUGUGUUUGACGCUUCGUAGUCAAGGAAGUCGCAGUGAGGAGAAGGCACGUGAGGACGGGGCGGCAAGAGCGAGAGAAGAAGAGAGCGAAGCCUGCGAGGGCGGCGGCUGGAUGGUGAGUCGAGUGGCAGCGCUCGCGCCAAGCGAAGAGAGAGUUGUAGUGUUUUCACAGCUCCGAGACAGCUGGCUCGGACGCGCCCGGGCUGCAGCGACAGAGGAAAGGAACGAUGAGUUCGCCAGCCUGGCCAAGGGUGCAAUGAGAGACAUUACAGCAAUCAUCUUCUCUCGACAAACGAGACAGGGCGACCUUGAGGGGAAUCCCAGAUAUCGGCAGGAAGUUAAACUGAACCGUGGUGCCUGGGCGUGCUUGAAGUACGCCCACCGGCGUCUCGGGGCUGCGGACGCUCGGCCCUGGGGCACCCAGUUGAGUGCACUCGCGAGGCGGGAGUCGGGUGAGGGCGAAUCUUGCUCCGUGUCCUUGAGUCAAAGUCGAGAUGUGUUCUCGAUUCGCGACAUGCAGCCUCUCGCGGCCUGCGCUGCAGCCAAGAAGAGCAGCGGCCAGUCGCGAUCUCCCCGUGGCCAACAAAGUGGUGGGUACACUCGCGCCUGGGACACUCUCGUCCCUCCUGCGACGACGAAAAGCUUUCCAACAGAGACGGACUGUGCCUCGCAGCAAGGGAGAGAACGAUCUCGCAAAGUCGAGAACAGCGGUCGCGUCGCUCUCGAAGCCGGCACUGGAGCACCGCACCGAGGAGAGACAGAUGCGGUGGGGCCGGCAGACAAGGACGAAGCUGUCCCUGGAAGAGACCGCGCUCUUGCCGAAGUGUCGCCGCUGCCCCGGAGACGUCCCGAGAGAACAGGCGCGACGAGGACACGGCGAGAGGAAAGGCUGUAUGCGCCAGGGGGCAGACUGGCGGAGGGCGAAGAGACAGGAGAGAGUAGCUUCGGGGACAGGCCGCUGCGUCUCGUCGACCUGGCGGAGUCGCCUCUUGCUGUGCCAACUCGUGACUCAAGUGGUGUCGGCGACUGUCUUGCCUACCACUCAAGAGAACAAGGCGACUUUCAAGGAGGAAGCGGUUCUCGCUGUCUUGCACGACGCGCGUGGGUGCACGAGAGGGGCGGCGGGGGGCGAGAUUGCAUGGAGGAAGAACCGACGCUCCUGUUGGAGGAGGACAACGAUUUCUUCUCCUUCUUCGGAGAGAACGACGUCAUUGCUUUCCAGGGUAAGACAGAGGCGCGGCCUCGCGAACAGGAGUUCGAAUCGGACUGGCCACCUUCUCCCCAGCCCCAGUCUGGCUCGACGCAACCCUGGGAAGGAGCGGGAGAUGCGGCGGAGAAAGGAUAG